GUGUGGUGGGCAUCCGUGUGUGUGUGUAGGGUGUGUGUGUGCAGUGUGUGCCAUGUGUGUGAUGCUUUUGUGAGAUUACCUCUGUGGCCUACAUUGGGGAUUAGGAGCUUGGCCCCAGGGCCCUGCUGGAGGCCGUCUGGGCUGAUGCAGGCCCCCCCACCCACUGUCAGGUACUUCUGUCUUCUGCUCCUCUGCCCUCCCUCCCCCACCUGCAUAAGAGGCUGUCCCAAGCUCUUGAGUUGCGGGGAGCCCCUCCAGCUCCUCACAAUACCCUCUGGGGACUCCAUCUGCCUAGGCCCCAGCCCUUGGCCUUAUGCACAGGUCAGCUUACGUGGGCUGAGUGGCAGCUGCAGUCUCAAGGGCAGGGCAGGAGUGGCCUUUUCAUUCCAGCACAGCCAGAGGCAGGGCUCGCUUCCCUGUGAGGGCGGAGGGCGGAGGGCGGAGGGCCCCCUGCCCUGGGGAUUUAUAGCUCUAAGGGUGAGGAGCAGGCCUGGCAGGGAUUAGGGAUGCAGCACCUCCAGCCUCAAUCCAGAGCAGCCCAGACUCGCCCCAGGCUGACCACAGACGCCACACCCUAUCAAGCAGUCAUGUCAGGACCCAGGCCCGUGGUGCUGAGCGGGCCCUCGGGGGCUGGGAAGAGCACACUGCUGAAGAAGCUGCUCCAGGAGCACGGCAGCAUCUUUGGCUUCAGUGUGUCCCAUACCACGAGGGACCCACGGCCUGGAGAGGAGAACGGCAAAGAUUACUACUUUGUGACCAGGGAGGUGAUGCAGCGGGAUAUUACAGCUGGUGACUUCAUUGAGUAUGCCGAGUUCUCAGGGAACCUAUACGGAACAAGCAAGGCGGCUGUGCAGGCAGUGCAGGCCAUGAACCGUAUCUGCGUGCUGGAUGUGGACCUGCAGGGCGUGCGCAACAUCAAGAAGACCGACCUGCGGCCCAUCUACAUCUCUGUGCAGCCGCCCUCGCUGGAUGUCCUGGAGCAGCGGCUGCGGCAACGCAACACCGAGACAGAGGAGAGCCUGGUGAAGCGGCUGGCUUCCGCCCAGGCCGACAUGGACAGCAGCAAAGAUCCUGGCCUGUUUGACCUGGUUAUCAUCAAUGACAACCUGGACAAGGCCUACGCAGCGCUGAAGGAGGCGCUCUCUGAGGAAAUCAGGAAAGCUCAAGGGACCAGCCACGCCUGAGGAGUCCUGCUCUCCAUUCCACGGGUGCCUCCCGAUCUCAAAGCAUGGCGGGGCCCAGUCGGGGCCCCCAUGAGUCAUGCAAGACCAGGGGCAGGUGUCCACUGGCUGGGUUUGUGGAGCCUCUCCCUUGCUGGCUGCACAGUGGUUCUGCGUCCUCAACUGACGUCUGGGGCAAGAGGGGUGCUGCCCAUGUCCCAUGUCCCGUGCGGUUGGAGGGCCCUGGGGCACCCCCCCAUCUGCCCUCCCUGGGCUGUCCCCUGUCCCCAUUCCUGUCCCUCCCGCUGGAGCUGGGGCUGACAUAAUAAAGUAACUGUUAGGUUA